AUGGUCGAUGAUGUGUACCUUCCGGUACGACUAGACCACAUGCCGUAUUGGUCGAUGAAGUACCUUCCGAUGGCCAAAAUCGCAAAUUUGGAUUUUUCACCUCUAACUGUGAGGGGUGACAAUUACCUACAAUGGGCACUAGAUGUCGAGAUUUCUCUUGGAGCCAAAGGCCUAGAGCAUUGUAUUGUUCCUCAGAACAAAGCUACUAAGAAAGAGAACUCUAAGACCCUCAUGCUCAUCCGUCAUCACAUUCAGAUGAGAUAUGAUCACCAGAAGACCUUGAUUCUUCCGGGUGCCACCUAUGAGUGGCUUCAUCUCAGGAUUCAAGACUUUAAGUCUGUGAAUGAGUACAACUCAGCCAUGUUUAAGAUAGUCUCAAAACUGAGGCUGUGCGGCGAGACUGUAACUGAUAAGCAGUUGUUGGAAAAGACUUUCCAGACAAUGUCCUCAAGCAAUUUGUUGCUUCAGCAACAAUACAGACAGAAAGAACAGAACAACGAGCUGCUCUUGAAGAACAGUGAGCUUAGACCACCUGGAUCUAAGCCUGUCCCUGAGGGCCGCGGAUCCUCAUAUGGAAGAGGACGUGGCCGUAGAGGUCAUGGGCGAGGACGUGGACAAGGUGGCAACAGCACAGGGCGCAACACCCCUUAUGACCGUCCAAACCAGUCCAAUAAUGGACAAGGUAAAAGCAGAGGCAAUGGGACUUCUUCAAAGCCACAGAAUCCUGCAAGCUCACCUUGCCAUAGAUGCGGAAUGAUGAAUCAUUGGGCAAAGAAUUGCCGCACAGCCAAGCAUCUGGUCGACCUCUAUCAAGAGAGUCUUAAGGGCAAGAAUCCGGAAGCACACAUGGUGUACAAGGAUGGUGAGGACGAUUUUGAUCAUGACAAGGACGACCUCAUGGACUUUGAGACUUCAGACAUACUCACUAUGCUGAAUGAUGAUCCAGUCGAAUAA